GCCUCGAGCGAGCACGCACUCGGGAUCGGCCCGCCGCUGUCCGAUAACGGGAUCCGGUCGACUCGCCGCCAGCGCGCAGCCGGUGUCCCGAGGUUGCCCUCGGCCUAGUGCGCGCGAGCCGCCAGCCGCGAGCACUCGCCGCCGUAACAGGUGGUCGGUCCAGCGGCCACUGGCCACCCGCGCGGAUCCGCGCAGUGUCUUUGCUGCGUGCGCCAGCGGCGAGGUGAAGCGGCAGCUGCCCGCUGGCACUCGCGCCACGUGUGCUCUGGUCGAUCGCUCCAAUCAGGACGGUGCUGAAAGCGAGACUGAGCUCGGGUCUGGCCGGGUGGAGCGGCGAGGCCGGCGGCGACGCAGCGACAGCGGCAACAGCAGUGGGCGAGGCCGCGCGCAAGAUGAGGCUCAUGCAGAGGCUGGCCAUCAGCGGGCUGCUGUCGGUGAUGCUGGUGGUGCUGCUGACGGGUAGCCUGGUGGCGCGGCGCGAUCUCGCGAGCGUGGUCGACCGGGGCGUCGCGCCGGAGGAGCGCAACGAGCAGCUCAACCCCGCCUGGGUGCAGGACAACAUCGUGUCCGAGCAGCAGGACUACCAGCAGCCGCCGACGCAGCAGCGCCGCGUCCCGGUGGUCAACGUGCGCCACCGGCCGCCGCCCCAGCCGAGCGACGAGCCGCGGCAGCCGCAGCAGCCGGCGCAGCAGCCGGCGCAGCAGCCGGCGCCGCCCGGCGUCGCGGCGCCGCCUCCCGUGCUGGGCCCUUACGUGAUCGGACCGCCGAGCCCGGCCCUGGACGACCUCACGCACCAGCGUCGAGAGAAAGUCAAAGAGAUGAUGAAGCAUGCCUGGGACAACUACGUGCGCUACGCCUGGGGCAAGAACGAGCUGCGGCCCAUCUCCAAGAGGGGACACAGCGCCAGUAUCUUUGGCUCCUCGACAAUGGGUGCCACCAUAGUCGACGGCCUCGACACUCUAUACAUUAUGGGGCUUCACGAGGAGUUCAAGCAGGGCCGGGACUGGAUCGCCCAGAAUCUCGACUUCGACAUCAACUCGGAGAUGUCGCUGUUCGAGAUGAACAUUCGCUUCAUGGGCAGCCUGCUGGCCUGCUACGCUUUGACCGGCGACGUCAUGUUCCGCGAUAAGGCAGCUCAACUUGGCCAGCGCAUGCUGCCGGCCUUCCAAACGGAGACCGGCAUUCCGCACUCCCUCAUCAACCUUCACACCGGGGCAAGCAAGAAUUACGGCUGGGCGAGCAGCGGCUGCAGUAUCCUGUCUGAGAUCGGAACGAUGCAUUUGGAGUUUGCUUACUUGAGUGACAUCACGGGGAAUUCCAUCUUCAGAAGCAAAGUGGAGCACGUCAGGAGAACGCUGAAGAAUCUUGAAAAGCCAAAGGGACUGUAUCCGAAUUACAUUCAUCCAAAAACUGGAAAAUGGGGUCGACAUCACAUGUCUCUGGGCGGAUUGGGCGACAGCUUCUACGAGUACCUGCUGAAGGCAUGGAUCCAGUCGGGCAAGGAGGACGGUGAGGCGCGCGAGAUGUACGACGAGGCGAUGGACGCGGUGGUCAAGCACAUGAUCGUCAGGUCUCCCGCGGGUCUGAUCUACGCCUCAGACCUACAGUACGAGCGGCUCGAGCACAAGAUGGGACACCUCGCCUGCUUCGCUGGUGGCAUGUUCGCGCUCGGGGCUAAAACCCAAGAGAACGAAGUGAGUAAUCAUCACAUGGACAUCGCCGCCGGGCUGACCAACACUUGCCACGAGUCGUACGACCGCAGUGCCACCAAGCUCGGCCCGGAGGCCUUCCACUUUAUCGAGGGCAACGAGGCCAAGAGCUUGAAGAACGGCGAGAAAUACUACAUCCUACGACCAGAGACAUUCGAGUCGUACUUCAUCUUGUGGAGGCUCACCAAAGAUCCCAAGUACCGCGAAUGGGGCUGGGAGGCCGUGCAGGCCCUGGAGACCUACUGCCGCGUGCCCGGCGGCUACACCGGUCUGCACAACGUUUACCAGCUGGAUUCUCCCAAAGACGACGUCCAGCAGAGUUAUUUCUUCGCCGAGACGCUCAAGUAUCUCUACCUGCUGUUCAGUGACGACGAUCUCAUCAAUCUCGACGAAUGGGUGUUCAACUCGGAAGCUCACGUGCUGCCCAUCAGAGGCAAAAAUCCUCUCUUCAGAGCGGCCUCCAGCUUGUAAAAUUCAAGCCAAUUCACUGGCGAUUUGGACGCCACUCCUAAAGCACUCUAUCAAUAGGCAAUUGUCGGGAAUCAGUGCAGCUGCUUUGCAUCUUUGCUCGGGCAGCAAGCGCAAGCCUCGCUACGGCUGUCGAGCAUUUAGUAUAUAUAUAUCCUAAGGCAGCGUUUAUACGUACAUGCUAAACACACACACACACACACACACACACAGACACACACGCGCGCACACACACACGCAAACUCACAAAGUGAUAUCUUUGCGAGAGGGAACGGGAGGAUUGUUCAGGCGCAACCUUUACGGCAGGAUGUUCAUGAAAGUAACCAAUUAUGAGAUUACGCAUAGCAAUUACGUGGACCGAAACUUAUUAUAUAUUGAUAAGGGGGCUGUCAAGUGACGCUACACUGCUGCUUAUACAUAGCCGAUUGAUCAUUCAACCACGCGCGCGCGACACGCGACGUUGUAUUUAGACGCUGUACUCGCGAAUAUAUAUUUGUAAAUAAUAAUACUGUAGUCGCUCUCGCAUCGCAGCUACAGUAGCCACGUAAACGGCGUUUCUGCUCUUUCCCUGCGCUUCGUCCGAUGAGCGAGCGGCAAACUACUCAGCGACGCUGCCUCGGAGCUUUGGCGCUUGUCGUCGCCUCAUCUUUCCGGUGCGACUAAGAGGAACAACGAAGCCACGACACGCGUAUGCAUGAGUGACGCCGAGGGGCUUGUGCUUCGUUAUAUCCCGCGACCUCUUUUUCACUACACACCUCUUUUCUCAUUUAUCUCACUCGCUCUCAAGGGGCAUGAGCAUUGAAGCUCCGAGUCAACGACUUAUCUUUUACAUUUCAAUCGUCUUAUCUUAUACUUGCUCAUAUAUUUUGUUGAUUUUUUAAUCGAGCACUCUUCAGAUCUUAACUUUAACGAUUCACUUUUUUAUAACUCCAAGUGCCAAAGUCUCCAAAUCGUAUUUUUAAUCAUUGUGCCUGCGCAUCCCUCUUGAGAACAAGUAUGAUCGUCGUUCGUUUGUACGUAUUAAUUCUUUUCCUUUUCCUCUUUUUUAAUUAACAUUCCUACCAAUCGUACUGCCACAGAAAAUUUCCAGGUCACAAUAUACAUCUUAAAGUAAGCCAACUAAAAGUAAAGAUAAUUCAAAAGACGGUGAUGAAAUCGCAAAGCUUUCACAGUUCUUCCGAUUUUAAAGCGAUUUGUACAGUUUCUCGACGUCAACGCGUUUAGAUGUAUUGUUAUUUGUAUAAAUAAAUUUACCUGGAGUAUAGAUACUUUUAUGUAAAAAUAAACUUAUAAAAAUACUGUUAAGGCGUCUUGAGUGUACGAAUUACAAAUUGGACGAUUGAUAUGCAUGGGACGAAAGUACUCGUGUGUCAAAUUUCUGUAGUUACUGAAAUUUACAAAUUAAAUUUAGCGAUUGCGCUAUAAAAAUAUGUAAAUACGAUGAAUGUUAUUUAAAGGAAGUUAUAUUAUGUGCGAAAUUAUAAAAAAGCGUGAAUUCAAGGAUGAUGGUGAUUUUUUGUACAAUGUUGCAACGAACAAUGAUCGACUGUCAUCUUCAAGUUUACUUUAUUGCUGAAUAAUAGAUUUCAUAAUAAUGAUAUUUAUCAAAAUUUAUUCUCAUGAGUAAAUAUUUUCUAAAAAUUUGCUUCCAAGUACAGAUUUAUAAUAAUAUCAUUCAUUCCGAUUGAGAAUAUUUUUCGAACGUAUAUUAAUCGACAGUAUAACUAAUUUCGAGCUAUAACAUUCACGACGAUGAAUAAAUGAAUAUUUUCAUUACUUCAUUUGGUGACAAUCCGGACAAUUGAACUUGAACCAGUAAUUGUUUGGUAAUAACUAUCAACUUUACUUAUCAGUUUUAUGAUUUCGCCUUUAAAUAGCAAAGUAUAAUAUUAAAAAAAAUUGCUACAAUUUGACAACAACGGCCAGAAACUUAUUUAACACUUAUUUAUUACAUGUUAUUUAGAUGAAUUUUGUAUACAUUAUAUUAAGUUAUAGAAAGGUGUCAUUAGUAUUUUAAAUAUUGCUUUUAUAUUGGUUUCGGUAAUUUGAUUAGCAGAAAAAAAUGUAUCGUUGUGUAACUCUUAAACAUAAUUAGCAUUUGACAAUUUUUAAACCUAUUCAAAUGUAAUAUUACUUUCAAGAUACUAUUUUUUUCACUUUGAUUGAAGAAGUUAAAGAUCUUUAAAUAUUAAAUGAUAUUUCUACGGCGUAUCUGUAACAAGUGACUAGAGCAUCUAUAUUAUUUUUAGAACAUCAUAAAUAUUUAUGUAAUGCCACAAUGAUAUUCGCAUUCAUUUAAAGAAUUGAGUAUUUCUAUGAAUUUAAUGAAAUACAGAUGUCACUUAUGAGAAAUAUUUUACAUAAAAAUGCUAUUAAAAUGACACUAAAUUUCAUAAUGAAACAUUUUUUUAAAGGAAAAGGUUGUUCACAUUUUCUGAAAAAAUUAGCUAUUUAUGGAAUCAUACAGUAUGCGUAUUCAUUUACUGAAAAUAAUGGAAGAAUAGUUAUUGGUCUAUCAUACAGUUGUCGAGAAAAAUAAAUUGAUAAUAGUAUAAUUAAGCGCUUUGCUUAAAAAUACAUUUGCUACUUGCAGAAACACAGAAUGCUUGUAUGUACAAGGUUGUUUUUAUUGUAUGAUGACAGAUGAAUUAUGAAUAUAAAAGAAAAUAUAUAUCCCUAAACUAGGGUGACUUUGACUGCCUGAAAUAAGUUUAUAAUUACAUAUACAAUUGCAUUCUACCGAAACAUUAUAUACAUAUUAGAAAAUCAAAUGCUAUUCCUGUAAAAAACACUUCAGAUACAAUGUUUUUUAUAAGCAAAAUAGUUUUCUUAACGAUUUUUAUUUCAUAAAAUAAUGUGAAAAGUUUGUAAAAUCAUUGGGGUUUAUGGUAAAUUUAAUUAAAUCAUAUUGCUGUGAAUAUAAAUCUAUUUAAUAAUUUAUUGUUAAUUAGAAAAUAUUUGAUUUAGAAACAAUUUUAAAAUAGGAUACUGGGUACAAUUACAGCUAUAUUGUUUUGAUUUAUGUGUGCUAUGAAAGUCAGCUCAACAAACAUAAAUAUUAAAAAAAAAAAACGUAAUAAAAGCGGAUUUGCAAUCAAUGUUGAAAUAGGUUUGAUGUAUUUCAACAAAAAUGUGCGAGUGCUCCGUAAUGUAAAGUAAUAAAAAAAUAAAAAACGUUUUUACAAAAGAAAAAAACUGUAUAGGGCGCACUUAAUCAUCAUUCUAAACUCAUUGUUGAGUCUUCUGUAGUCAAAUUCGUGUGAAUAAGUGACGGUUGCAUUUAUAUAAUGCUAUCGUUGUUCUACGAUUAUUUGUAUGAAGUGCACUCGCGUGUAUUUAGGUAAUAAGCUAGCUGGUGUAAAGAUAAUAUAUUCACAGAAGAUGUGUCUUGUGUUUCAUAUACAAUGCACGAAAUGUGAUUCACGCGAGAUGCGCUGUAGCGAUGAAUUGUAAAUAAUGUACGCACGCUGUAGUGAUAAUUGGUUAUACUUUAAUAACUUUAUGUGAUUAUUAAUAGUUUAUCAUGAGCAAAUUAAA